CCUUCAAUAAUUGAGUUCUCCACCCACAACAACACCCACGCGCUCUGUUCCUCCUUUGUGCGGACAGGGAUGAGAAUGAACAUAUCUAGAUCUGCAUUUUGAUCCCACCACCCCCACACACGCAUCCCAACAUUUGACGGUGAGACUGACGCCCUCUUAGGAGCAGCAGGAGGAGCCAUGGCGCACCUUGGGGGGCUAAUCGCUUCUGCUCUCCUCAAGGUGGUGGGGGAUCAGAUCGGCUCCGUGCUCGGCGGCCAGAUCAAGCUGCAUCGCAACUUCGACAAGGACCUGCGCACGAUGAAGGAGACACUGGAGUGCGUCGAGGCGGUGCUGCUGGACGCCGAGAGGCGGGCCAUCACCGACAACGAGGUCCGCCUGUGGCUGAAGCGGCUCAAGGACGCCAUGUACGCCAUCUCCGACAUGCUUGAUGAUUCCGAAGCAGGGGAGGUCUCCCGCAGGAAGAAAUUGGCUGCUGUGGUCCCUUUUCUCACAACUGUUCACAAGAUUAAAAUGGCUAAUAAGAUGAAGACGAUGAGAGAGCAUGUGGCGGAGAUCACAGCUCAACACAAGGCCUUCAACUUAAUGCCAGGGGCUGGUGCCAAUAAGCAGAAAGUUACCGAUACACGUGUAACAACAUCAUCGACCCUGCAGGCACAGAUCAUUGGGAGGACUGAUGAGGAAGAGAAAAUACUGGCUUCUGUAUCUAAGGGCAUCACAGAACAAAUCACCUUUCUUCCUAUAUAUGGUAUUGGGGGCCUUGGCAAGACAACCAUGGCCAAACUAAUCUACAAUAAUAAUUCCCAAUUCCAAGACUACUCAAGGGUGUGGGUUUAUGUGUCCCAGACAUUUGACUUGAACAAUAUUGGUAAUUCUAUAAUAUCACAACUUUCAGGUAAUACGAGUCAAGACACUAACAGGGAGAUGAUACACAUUGCUCUUCAAAAGCUGUUUGCUGAAAAGCAGAAGAUUCUGAUCGUUUUAGAUGAUUUGUGGGAGGGCAGUGAUUUUCUUUUGGAUGAUCUGAAGGCUAUGUUAAUGGUUGAGAAGGCAAGCAAGGUGGUUGUUAUACUAACCACACGGAAUGAAAGCAUUGCAAAGAAAAUGUCAACCAGACCACACAAAUUAGCACCACUGACAAAUGACAUGUGUUGGACUAUAAUAAAGCAAAAGAGUGGCUUUGAAGAAAAAGAUGACAAAGCUAAGCUGGAGCAGAUUGGAAUGGACAUUGCAAUGAAAUGUGGAGGUGUGGGUUUAGCAGCUCAAUCACUUGGGUACAUGUUAAAUUCUAUGCCAACAUCUCCUGAAUGGGAGUCAGUGAGAGACAGUGAUAUUUGGACUCUAUCUGCUUCAGACUCGGAAGAUACACCUUCAAGACAGGUGAUUGCAUCCUUGAGGUUAAGUUAUAGUUCCAGGCCUUCAUAUUUGAAACUGUGCUUUGCCUAUUGUGCAAUCUUUCCAAAAGGUCACAAGAUUGUCAAAGAUGAUCUAAUUCGCCAGUGGAUUUCUCUUGAUUUUAUCAAGCCAACCAGAACAUCCUCCAGUCAUCAGCUCGGCGAGAAAUACAUUACGGAGCUUUUAGGGCUGUCAUUCCUUGAACACUCAAAGUCAUCACUGACUGCUAGAGUGCAUCCUGACGAUGUUACAUUAUUCACCAUGCAUGAUCUUGUGCAUGAUCUAGCCAGAUCGGUAAUGGACGAUGAAAUUCUCGUCGCUAGCAAAGAUGGCAACCUUGGGGGAAGCAACUGCCACUUUGCAUUGCUCGAUGAUUGUAACAAGCGAUUGGAGUCACCCAGGAUAAGAGCACUCCAUUUUAUGGACUCUGCUGAAAUUGGACUUCAUGAUGCUGCAUUUCCAUCUGCUAAGUCCCUACGUGUCUUGGACUUAAGUCAGUGUUGCGUACAUAAGUUGCCAGAUUCUAUUGAUCGAUCAAAACGGUUGAGGUAUCUUAACGCUCCCAGAAUACAUGAUGCAACGAUUCCCAAUAGUAUAACCAGUCUAUCAAAAUUAAAUUACCUCAGUCUCCGUGAUUCUUCUAACAUCUUGACACUGCCACAGUCGAUUGGAGAAAUUGAAGGCCUGAUGUAUCUUGAUUUAUCUGGUUGUUCGGGAAUGAGAGAACUUCCAAAAUCCUUCGGAGAGCUAAAAAAAUUGGUGCAUCUUGAUUUGUCAAAAUGCGUUUGUGUUUGCAAUGUAUCAGAGUUCUUGGGGAGCCUCACAGAACUGCAAUAUUUGAACUUGUCAGGAUGUAGAUCUAUUGGAAAUCUACACGCAUCCUUGGGUGUCCUAUCUGAGCUGCAAUAUUUGAACUUAUCAUUCAGCUCUUAUGUUAAUUGUAGAAAAACGAAAUUAUUCGAUGCCUUCACCAAAGUGGAGCAUUCGAACUUAUCUUCAAGUCACUCUUGCCUCGAACAGCUCCCUGAAGUUUUGGGCAACCUCAAUAAACUCAAGUUUUUAAACCUAUCAGGUUCUUAUUGUCUCAAAGAGUUGUCAUGGUUAUCUGGAAACCAGAAAAGUUUGGUGCAUCUUGAUUUAUCGAAGUGCAGAGAGGUUAAUUAUAUACCGGAAGCUUUUUCUGGAUUUACCAAUCUUCAAUAUUUGAAUCUAUCGGCAUGCCUCCGGUAUAGACUUGACAAGUCACCUGUAUGUCAAAUUGACCGUUUGAUAGACCAUAUUAGUACCCUUUCCAAUCUAGAGCAUUUGGAUUUGUCUAAUAGUGGUGAUGCUAUUUGCUCUUUACCUGAAAGUCUCGGUAACCUUAGAAAGCUGCACACACUGAACCUCUCACACUGCAAUAUUACAAAGAUACCAGAAAGUAUAGGUACGAUUGAUAGUUUGAAGAUGCUAUAUUUUAAGGGAUGCUGGCUUCUUUCUAAUGUACCGCAGCUCAGUGCUAGUUCCAUAUCAUUACCACUUUUUGGCGUGCAUGCUGGUGAUGGUAAAUCGAGCAGCAACCUUGUUCUCCUACAAGGCAUGAAUCCUGUUGAGCUGAAGAUCAUCCAACUUGAAAAAGUGAAGUCGGCGGAAGAAGCUAUGUGUAUAAAGUUGAUGGAAAAGGAAAGACUUCAAGACUUGACUCUCCGGUGGACUGAAGAUGCUCAGAGGUUUGUGGAUGAUGAAGUGUUGUUGGAGAAACUAGAGCCACCGAGCAGUUUAACUACAUUGAUUAUACAAUGGUAUAAUGGUGUCAGUUUUCCAUCCUGGCUCAGCCAACUGCCAAACCUGACAUGGCUAGCUCUCUACGAUAUGAAACAUCUGGAAGAGUGGAGUGCAUCAGACUCCAGUGGUGCGAACGACCUCAGGUUCCCUAUGCUUGAUUGUUUGUAUAUAAAAAGUUGCCCCAAACUGAGGAUGCAAUCGCUUCUUCCAAGAGCUAAACGUUGGUAUAUAAGUAAGAGUGAUAAUGCACUUUCAUCAUGGGGAGAGUGUACUAUGUCAGACACCAGCUCUCCUUCUCUAGUAACUACUGAACUGGCUGUUGCAGACUGCGAGCUGCCUCUGCAUCAGUGGAGACUGCUUGGCCAUCUCUCUGGCCUCACUGAAUUAAGGAUGGAACGGUGUGGUGAUCUGACCGGCACACCAGAGAUAAUCCAACAUCUCUCUUCCCUCAAAGGUCUAAGCCUAACAGGCAAGGAACAUGAAGAACUGCCGAAAUGGUUGGGUGAGCUCACAUCCCUUGAGAGGCUGUGCAUAGAUGCAUACACAGGGAUAAAGGAAUUGGAUGAGAGCAUAAGGAAACUAAGAAAGCUACGAGAGCUAAAACUGUACAACUGUAACAGCAUGUCAUCGUUGCCCCAUUGGCUGACAGAAUUAACCUGUCUCAAUACUCUUGUGAUCAAUUUUUGUGAGGGCAUCAGGUCUUUGCCGGAGGGCAUAGAACAACUCACCAACCUCAAGAAACUGAAAAUUAACUGCCCUCAUUUACAGAGGUAGUGCGAAUCAGGGGAAAACAAGAUGAAUCUCGCUCACAUCAAUAUAUUGGGGAUAUUUUUGCAUUUCAGUCAUGGAGACAGAGGUGAUCAUCAGGAGCACCUACACUUGUAACUGGUUUGCAAAAUUCAACCGUAAACAAGCCUCUCGAACCGUCAAGAUGAAUCCAGCAAGGUAAUUUCCUGCUGGUCACCUUCGGCCAUCCGUGCUAUCCAACGGCAUCAGCAUCCUCUAUCAUAGCUUUCCCUUAUGUUUUGCAAGUCCUGAAGACGCCCCCAUCGAUUUGCAGCCUUCCCCUGUUCCGCUUGCCCUUAUGUUCAAGUGUGGAUUAGGAUUACAGAAAAGGUUGAAUACAUCGUUCUACUUCUACCUGGAAGACGCCCCCGCUGUUCAUGGCGUUCCCCUGUUGUGCUUGGCCUUGGCGUUUAAGCGCCUGUUGAGAUUCUGAUGCAUUAGAUUGCGUUCAUACAGAAGUUACAUUGUGAGUUGUGUCAUCAAUUAUUAGCCCUUUUUGUGGUCGCUCAUGGACUGUGAUAUGUAUAGCUUGUGAAAUCACUUUGCUAUUCAUUUUGGCCAAAAGAAAGUUAACUAUUCAUUCCACUUUGCUGUAUAAGACUUGAUAGCGUGACUUUGCUGUAUAAGGCUUGAUAGCAUGACAUGGACCUCUGAUACGCAUCACGUUUUAAUCUUCAUGGCUGACUCUCCCUGUCUCCCUCCAUCAGUAUAUUUUGUUUGGGUUA